GCCGCGCGGGCGCCUAGGGGACCGGAGGGCCGCUCUGAGCAUGUGCAGAGCAGCUCGGCGGCGGCUGCUGCCUCGGCCCGAGCCCGGGGCCCGGUGCUGAUGCGAGCAUCCCGCUCCGCCUCAGCCGCAGCCCCAGCGCGCUCGGCCCCGCCGGCCGGGGAAGCCAGGAAGGAGCCGUAGCCUCGCCGCGGCCGGAGGGGCCGGCAGGACGGUGCGCGCAGCCCGCCUGAGCCGCGGCGCUCGCGGGGCCCGAGAUGAUGGCGGAGCAGGUGACCUGCGCCUCGGCGGGGGGCGGCUCCGGCGCGGGCUCCUCCGGGCCGGUGGUGAACGCCGAGCUGGAGGUGAAGAAGCUGCAGGAGCUGGUGCGCAAGCUGGAGAAGCAGAACGAGCAGCUGCGGAGCCGGGCGGCCAGCGCGGCCGCCGCCCCGCACCUGCUGCUGCUGCCGCCGCCGCCGCAGCCCGCCGCGCCGCCCCCCGCCGGGGCCUGCAGCCCGCUGGGCCCCCGGAGCCCCCCGGCCGCCGCCGCCGCCCCCGCCCCGGGGGCCCUGGGGCUCGGGCUGGCGCUGGGCUCCGCUGGCGGUGGGAGCGGCGGGAGCGGCGGCAGCAGCCCCGCUUUCCCGGGGACCUUCUGCCUGCCCAGCCCCGCGCCCUCCCUGCUCUGCAGCCUGGCGCAGCCCCCCGACGCGCCCUUCGUCUACUUCAAGCCGGCCGCGGGCUUCUUCGGCGGCGCGGGCGGCGGCGGGCCGGAGCCGGGGGGCGCGGGGCCGCCGCCGGGGGUGCCCCCUGCGCCGCCCUCCCCGCCCCCCACGCCCCUGGACGAGGUGGAGCCGCUGGACCUGGAGAGCCUGGCAGGCUGGCGCGCCGAGGACGACUACACCUGGUUAUACGUUGGGUCUUCAAAGACAUUCUCAUCAUCAGAAAAAUCCCUGAGCCCUUUGCAGUGGUGUAGACACGUCUUAGAUAAUCCGACUCCGGAGAUGGAAGCAGCAAGGCGCUCCCUGUGCCAUAGACUGGAGCAAGCCAGCCGAUGGCGGAGUCUCUUCUCUUCAAAUGUCUCCCUGGCUUUUCCUUAUAGUCCUGUUGCAAGACUCAGCCCUUAUAGCAAUGGCAUUAAUACUCCCAGCUUCUCUAAAACCUCAAAUAAAGCAAUACUAACACCUGAAAGAACAGGUUACACCUCCAGGGGCUCCCCUCUCAGCCCCCAGUCGUCCAUAGACAGCGAGCUGAGCACUUCAGAACUGGAGGACGACUCCAUCUCCAUGGGGUACAAGCUGCAGGACCUCACUGACGUGCAGAUCAUGGCUCGUCUGCAAGAAGAAAGUCUCAGGCAAGAUUAUGCUUCCACGUCAGCAUCCGUGUCAAGACACAGUUCCAGUGUGUCAUUGAGUUCAGGAAAGAAAGGGACAUGUAGUGACCAAGAAUAUGACCGAUUCAGUUUAGAGGAUGAGGAAGAAUUUGACCAUUUGCCACCACCUCAGCCCCGUCUUCCAAGAUGCUCACCUUUCCAAAGAGGAAUCCCCCAUUCACAGACUUUCUCCAGCAUUCGGGAAUGUAGGAGGAGCCCCAGUUCCCAGUAUUUCCCUUCCAAUAGUUACCAGCAGCAGCAGUGUUACUCACCUCAAGCCCAAACUCCAGAUCAGCAACCAAAUAGGACCAACGGAGACAAGCUCCGAAGAAGUAUGCCUAAUCUAGCUCGGAUGCCAAGCACAACGGGUGUGAGUAGCAAUGUGAGUUCUCCAGUCACCGUGCGAAAUAGUCAGAGCUUUGACUCAAGCUUGCACGGAGCUGGAAAUGGACUUUCAAGAAUACAGUCUUGUAUUCCUUCACCAGGACAGCUUCAACACAGAAUCCACAGCGUGGGUCAUUUCCCUGUGUCUGUCCGACAGCCUCUUAAAGCCACAGCCUACGUGAGCCCAACUGUUCAAGGCAGCAGUAACACGCCUUUAUCCAAUGGCUUACAAUUAUAUUCCAACACGGGAAUCCCCACACCAAACAAAGCUACCACUUCUGGGAUAAUGGGCCGCAGUGCACUUCCAAGACCUUCACUGGCAAUAAAUGGGAGUAACCUGCCUCGAAGCAAAAUUGCACAACCUGUCAGAAGCUUCCUUCAGCCUCCAAAGCCUCUGUCUUCACUCAGCACUCUGAGGGACGGAAACUGGAGAGAUGGUUGCUACUGACGCAGUUUUAUGUGCCCUUGAAGAAUUGGGGAAGAAGUGGAAAUGAGGGUUGUAUUACCUAGCUGGCUGGGUAACAGUGGAUGUCAGAAAUUUCUUUCCCUUUUGCAUCUUAACAUACUUAACUGCAUUGUUUUUCAAUGAACCAAUCACCAGAGACUAAUUAUUGCACUUAAAUAUUUGCCUGAGAUACUGCAGCAUUCUCAAAUCCAUGGUUGCAGUAUUGCGACACUUAGAUCUAGAAAGUUUUUGUAGAACUGCUACGUACCUUUUUGAGAGAAUUGAGGUAUAUCAUUAACUCUUUCUUUGUCAUAUGAGUUUUUUAAAAUAACUUGUUCAAUUUACUUACGUGUUCUAAACAUCUUCCCAUUACAUGUUCUGUGUUUUAAUACAUUACAUAUUUACAAAUAUGUUCGAUCAAUGUAUCCUUUGAAAUUUACUUUUUUAUAGUUUACAGGAAUUUUAUUUUUUGUGCCUAUUUCUUUUUACACCUACGUGAACCACUAUGGAACAACUUAAAUUUUGUGCCAUAAAAAUAUUUUUGUGGUAAGGUACUAUUUUUUUAACUCUGAGGAUAUAUCAGCAAAAAUCCACCAAACAGUUUCAGAGACAUAAUUUUGUGUUGAAUGAGCACUGUGUAAACUGAAGCAUUGCAAGGAGGUAGCCAGACGCAAGUUAAAUGGUCUUGUCUUUUUCAUUGUUAAUUUAUUGUCACACAUGGGUUUCAUAUUUAUAAAGGCAUCACAAGCUCAUUGCACUUAGUACCGGCAAUGUUUGCUACUAUACCACCACCAAUUUUCAAUACUUUAUUACAGAGGAUGAAACUGUAAUGUUUUAUUAACAAUGCUUCUGGAAAUGAAUGCAUUUUAAAGCAAAUAAAUCUUUUUGAUAGACCUUUUACAAAACCCAUUUGCACUAAUGAAUGCUUUUCUUAUGGUAUAUGACUUAAUAUUUGUUACUGUGUACACUGCUGUUUUGGAAUGUUCAGAAAUAAAGACUAUUUCAGCAAUAUCA